AUGCUGGCAUUAAGGUCAUAGCAAAGGAAAUAAGACUUCCUGGAGUAAGCUGAAUUUCAACAGAGCUAGAAUUAUCUUAGUGUAAAAAAUCAUAAUAAGUCAAUGAGUUCUUCAAUUCCUUAAAGUGAUGAGAUGGUUUCUCUUAUACUCUUUGGGUAAUUACACAAAAACCAAGAAUAUGAAAGGAAGAUCAAAUCAAGAUUAGAACCGUUCCGCCAUGGCAAACCUAGUAUCUAGGAAAUUAAUAGUUACUUCAAUUAAAAUCUCAAUGAAAGUAGCAGGGACUUAGGCUCAUUUGCCUCACAAAAAUAAAGAAGCUCUUCCCCGAAAAUUAUAAAUUAGCCCUACAGUGAUGUAAAAUAUGAAGAAACUCUAAGACCGAGGGAAGUCAUUAAAGAAAUUGGAGUGGGUUAAUUUAAAGUAGGUCAAAUAAAAAGGAACUCUUUGGACUGCUCAAUUAAACUCGAUCAUAACGACUCAUCAUAUAUUGAUAAAUCUACAAUGAACGACUAAAAUAAUUCUAGUAAAGUAAACACUCACGGAUUGAAUGUAAAUAGUAGUAUGAAUAGAAGUAUUCAUACCUCGCACAGUGGGUAAGGUAAUGGCUCAGGUGGCCCAAUAUCAUCAUCCAACUAUGAAUUUAAUACUAAUUCAUCUUACUUUUUGUGCGCCAGAUCAAGUCCUUAAUCGAGACAUUAGUAAAAACUGAUAAGAGAUUAGGAAAGGCAAAGAGAAAAGGAGUACAAGACUAGCUUUAGAAUAAGUUUGGGAGGUAUAAGAGAUAAAUAAGGCUGGUCUGAAAUCAAAGAUGGAAUCAAUGUGGGAGAUGUAUAUAAUGAGGGCUUCUAAAGAAGUGGUUCCCUGACAAGAUAGAGACGAAAAGAACUCGAUGUUACUAAUAAAGAAUUCAAGCAAGUAUUCUACCCUGAAUAAAUUAGAGAGCAUAAGGCAAGAUCUGUGAACAGAUCAAAUUAUGUGAACGACACCCACAAAGCUUUGACUAUCCUUAAUGAAUCAGUUAACCCUGAAAUUUAUAAUAACUCGACUCGCUAGUCUUAGGCAAAAAUUCUAGGCAAAUACGAUUCUAAUUCAAGUAUCUCUAAGAUGCCUAAGCUCUAUUUAAAGUCAUUGGAAUAAUCAGAAUUGCUUUAAAAGUUUCAUUAAAACUUGUAAAAAGUCAAAAAUUCGAAAUAAAGGAACCCAAUUGUGAGUAUCUAAUCUCCUAAGGAAACUACAAUCAAUUCUAACAACUGGAAUAACCCUAUACUUAUUUCUAAGUAAAACAUGAUUUAAAUUGAUGAGCUAAAUGACUAUGCCUCACUUAACCAAGAAACUCCAAAGUACAACGACACAAAGGAGUCAUUUCUUUCUAAAGGAAUGGUUGAAAAGAUGUCAGAUCAUCACUCAAAUAAUAAUUAAAAGCCUGCUAGAAGAAAUAUUCUUAUUUAUAAGGAUUAUCUCAAUGGUAGUAAUAACAGGUAAACCCUUCCAGAUCCAAAAACUAACAUAGUCAUCAACAAAAUAGGGAUUUUUGGGAAUAGAUAAAAGUCCAUAGAUUUAACAGCCACUGGAUUAAAGAAUAUUGGAGUAUCUUAAAAUCUCAGCAAUAGUCAUAAAAAAUAAGCCAGCCUAUUCAAAAAGUGA